AUGAAGGCAUUGAGGCGUCAGCAGACGAUGCCAAUGUCUGGCGACGAUUCGGAUUCGGACUCUGAUACCAGCAUCAUUUCAAAGGCUGGUACACAUAAGACGCUAAUUGGAAGUAUUGAUUCGAAGGGGAAUCCGAAGGGGAAUGUUAAAAAUACCGGCCUCGAUAAACUCUGGAACCUCGCCCUUCGCAGCCUCGACGAAAAGAGUCGAAGCCAGGUCAUCCAUGAAGGUCAAAUCACCGCUGGUCAAAACAACACUUUCCGGCUUCUUCUCGAUGGAAUCCAACGGCAACAGAAUGCGGUCGUUGAGUCCCGGUUAUCGUAUACAAAGAAGAAUGGGGAGAAAGUUUACAUUAGGGACAAGAUGGAGAAGGUGGUGACUUGGUUUACCAAAUCACGGAUUUUUGAGUUUGGAAGUGUUUUGAGUGAAGUUUCUAUCUAUGCUGCUAUUCCUUGGGCUUGUAUCAGUACUAUCUUCACCAUGACAGAACAUCAUAUGCAAGCUGAUAGAGAUGUCAUGGAAGGAGUUGAGGAUGUAUCCUAUACCAUUGCUCGGUAUACCCAUUACCAUGAUGCAUACCUUCAAGCAGACGAUGACGAGUAUGAUGAUAUCAUGAAGGAAAGGCUUGAAGAAGCCAUUGUCAAGACUUUUACAGCUGUGCUUGAGUUUCUGUCGCAGGUUGUUAGGUUUUAUAAGGGAUCCGAGAAGAGGAGAAAGCGAAUGUUGCAUGCUUUCAAAGCGACUUCGAUUACUACCAUGGUCACGGAAUGUAUGAGGAAAGUGAUGAUAGAAGAUGAUGAAGUCGUCAAGAUCAUUGCGAUGAUGGAUACGGACUAUCAAAGGAAGACUAGAGCUUUCAUGGACGUUAACUUUACAGAUAUGCGGAACGUUUUAAUGAGUAUACAAGCUCAGGUUGACGAUUUUAAAGCCAUGAUCAAAGGAGACGAUAAAAAGCUCCAGGGGGUGGUCAGUAAAAUUCUGGAUGCAAUAGUUCCGAAAGUCGAACCAAUUGAGACGCUGAAGAAUUGGCUGGGUGGAUGGGUUAUUGAUGAUACUUUUCGGGAUGCUAUCGAUGUGAGGAUGGAAAAUACUUGUCAGUGGCUGUUGGAGAGGGAUGAGUAUGUCAAGUGGAAGGAGCAGUCGACUAGUGAGACGAAAUUAUUGUGGAUAUAUGGACCUCCCGGGUCUGGGAAGAGUGUUCUAUGCAGCACUGCUAUCAAGGAUUUGAAGGAUUCCCAGCCUGAUGCACAUAACGUUGCAUUUUUCUUCUGCUCUGCUAGGUUCGAGAAUACGAGGGACCCGGAGAGUAUAGCUCGAUCUUGGGUGCAGCAGUUACUUCAAGACGAAUUUGGCCAUCGGGAAGCGAGUGAGUAUUAUGCAAAGCAGAAAACUGGGACGAAAGCUUCCAUGCAUGAUGUGUGGGAGCUCUUUACGAGGAUUACGAAUAAGAUGGAGGAUUGUAUUUGUGUCCUCGAUGGACUAGAUGAAUGUUUCAAGGUGGGGGCAGCCACGGCGCAUAAGGCUACUACGAACCGGUGGUUGGAUUUUCUGAUGAGAUUGGAGAAGCAUUCGAGGGGUGCUAAAGUCAGGUUAUUGCUGGUUAGUAGGGAUGAGCCGGACAUUCGUCAAAACCUGGCUUCGUGGAAAUCCCAGGGAGCCAUUACGCCAAUACAAGUUACGGAACUGGAAGUCAAGAGCGAGUACACACGAUCCGAUAUACAACUUUUUGCCCAGAAGAGCGUCCAGGAUGCUGUUGCCUACGCCGAUCCGCCGGUUUCGAAGGAUACGAUUGCUACGCUUAGUGAUCUGGCAUCAAAGAAAGCCAAAGGGAUGUUUUUGUACAUCACUUUGUUGAAGAAUCGGCUUGAGCAAUCUAUUGCUAACGGGCGGGCUGAGGAGAGUCUUUGCCAGGCGGUUGAUGAGUUGGGGGAUUACGACGAGGCUUAUGGUCGGAUCUUGGAUAUGAUUCAGGCUUAUAAGGGGGAGAGGAGGAUUAGGGCAGAGGCAGUAUUACGCUGGGUAUUAUUCGCGGCACGCCCGUUACAGAUGCAGGAGUUAGCGGAGGCACUUGAAGCGGCAAUGUAUACCAAUAACAACAUCGGAUCGCGACAUGCUCAGAAUGCGCGAGGAUCGCUCGUGGCACCGGAGAAAUUGACGGCAGGGUACUUUCAGCAGAUUAUAUCUCUUUGUGGGUCCUUUGUGGUAUCCUCUGAGAAGGCUGGUACUUCGGACCUGCUGAAGACGGUGGACUUUGUUCAUUUUACAGCGAAGGAGUUUUUACUAGCACCCUCUGAUCCCGUAGACGCUUAUGGGCGUGAAGGAUUUCAUUUUGAAGAUGAGCCGAGACACCAGAUUAUCCUUGCUGAGAUAUGUUUACGGUAUCUUUGCAGCGAGGAGUUUAAGAAGCCAUACGCAAAAGUUACACGGAAACUCUUGGAUGACAAGAGGGCCGAGUUUCGGUUUUUGGAUUAUGCGACUUCCUUCCUUUUCCAGCAUAUACAGAAUGCAGGCAAGACCGCUCUGGAGGAGAGAAGGGGGAUUCGGUUGCUUUUGAAUAGCUUUUUUGGCGGCCAUUCGGAGAAUUGGUAUCUUUGGGCUUACCUUUAUGAGACGAGGGAUGAUGGUGGGGACCGAGAGAAUGUACCGGUGGAUUUGGAUGGAUUCAAGCCGGCGAAUAAGAUGUACUAUUGCGCACUGUUCGGGUUGGUGGAUACUAUGAAGCAUUUGCGCAAUAUUGGUGCGUCUGGGGAUCUAGAUGCUCCAACUGGCAAUUACGGGACGCCACUUCAAGCUGCUAUUACAAAUGAACACGAAGAGGCGGCGAAUCUCCUCCUAGAGUGGGGCGCGAAUCCAAAUGUUAAAAAGCAGAACGACAAUGCCUUGCAGGCAGCGGUUAGAACGAGUGCCUCGAAUACGGUGCAAUUGUUAUUGCAAUAUGGAGCGAAGAUUGACGAUGAUUUGCUGCUUCAGGCUUUGAAGAGCAAUGACUUGGAUAUCUUUCACCAACUUUGGACGCAGAUUGAGAAAUCCGGAAGUAGGAUUGAGAAUAAAGAAGCUCUGCUGUAUGAAGUUGUGAAGGAGACCGGUGUGGAGGUUUUUGUUAAGUUAUUACUUAAGUCUGGGACCAAGAUCAUUCAAACGGAGAAACGGGAUAGUACACUUCUCCAUCAGGCGGUGAUUCACCGUAGGGUCGAGAACGCAAAGUUGAUACUCAGAGAGGCAAAGAGAAGGGUUUGCUUGACCGAUGUUUUGGAAGCUAAUAUUGGGCUCAAUCAAAAACCGCUUUGGUGGGCUGCAGCGUCUGGGUCAAUUGAAAUUGUUGAACUGCUGGUGAAAUACGGAGCAGACCUGUUCACCUCUAAUGCCGUCUUCCAGAACGCAAUGCAUGCGGCGGCAUCAAGCGGGCAUUCACAUAUGAUAUUGUAUCUGGCUAGCAUUGGGCUUGGUGUUAACGGCUGUGAUAUUGAGUGGCGCGAGCCACUACAUCUUGCGGUGCGUGCCAGUCACUUUGAAGCAGUCAAAACGCUAAUCGAUCUUGGUGCUUUGGUUAAUGCGACGGACAACAAGGGGUGGUCGAGUCUCGAGGAGGCGGCAGCACUUGCGGAGGAUAAUGUUAAGUUGGUGAAGUUGUUACUGGACAAUGGGGCAAAUAUUGAUUCUCAAGAUGGAGAUAGAAUCUCAGUUUUGAAUCGGGCAGUUAUUGUUGGGAAUAAAGAAGUUGUGAGGGAGUUGGUGAGUAGAGGGGUGAAAACUGAUAGUAGGAACAACAUGGGGCGAAAUAUUGUGCAUGAAUGUGCGAGAUAUGGGAGGAUUGAGAUACUCAAAUGGCUUUUUGAAGCUGGAAUUGCACCUAAGGUUGAUGAUCUGGAUCGAACUAUUGGCAUGUCGCCACUGUAUUUGGCGGUCGAAAAUGGGCACUCGGAUAUAGUCAGUGCAUUUAUCAAGUAUGGAGCUGAUGUCAACCUCGAGACUGCCGAGGGAUUGUGGACACCGCUUCACGAGUCAGUGAAGAAAGGAUAUCUGGAUAUUACAGAGAUGCUUUUGAGCGCGGGCGCUGAUCCUAAUGCUGCCAGUGAUGACGGAAUAACAUGCUUUCAUUGCUGCUGGCGGACUGGAUCUACUUCUCUGACAUCUCUUCUGCUCUCUCAUGGAGCGGAUAUCAAUGCGAAGCGGAAAGAUCAGUUUACAGCUUUGCAUUAUGCUAGUUUCGAAGGCAGGCGUGAGUUUGCAGAGCUGUUGGUCGCAAACGGUGCAAAUUUAGAGGAUGAGACGAGGGAAGGGUACUCACCGCUGCAGUUGACAAUGAUGCGAAACCACUGGGUGAUUGCAGAGAUGCUCAUUAAGAAUGGCGCAGAUGUGAAUCACAGGGAUAGGAAGAGCUGGACGCCUUUACACCGGGCAGCGAGUAUGGGACAUACGAAUAUAACCGAGAUGUUGGUUGCUGCGAAGGAUAUCGAUCUGGAGGCCCGGAACGACCAGUUUACUACGGCGGUCAAUGAAGCCGUUAAGAACAGUAGGCACGAAGUUAUCGGGAUUUUAGCGAAAGCUGGAGCGAACCUGGAAACCACGGCAGACGCUAAUACUUGGCCCUUGAUUUUCGAGUCUAUGUUCAAAGACAUCAAGUGUUUAGAGGCACUAUUGGCAAACGGAGCAUCCAUUUGGAUCAAAGAUCGAUAUGCCUCCCUUUGUGCGCAAACGGCUGCAUUUAAUGGAAAACCUCAGCAUUUGGAGUUGAUCCUGCGGCACCUAGAGGUCAAGUAUCCUGGUCGCAAGGACGAAUAUCUCAACAGUAAGAACAAAUGGAAUCGGACAUGUUUGAUUGAUGCUUGUAUCAACAAUCAUAUCGAUUGCGUCGAAAUAUUGAUGAGGUAUGGGGUCAACGUCAAUACUCGCGGGCAGAGGAGCGACUUGAGACCCAUAACUAUAGCAGCUGAGCUUGGACACCAUGAACUGAUGAGGCAGCUUAUGAAAUCACCUCAGAUCAGGUUCGACGAGGAGGUUGGAGCAGCCACAGCUAUCCACUGGACAACUGCUAAAGCAAUGCCGGAAACCACUAAAGCUCUCAUCGCCAGUGAUUGGGAUAAAUCCAUUCUUAAUCAUCCCGGGCCGUAUGGGAGAACGCCAUUGAUUGAGGCCGCAGCCAACGAUAGACCGUUUAUCACGCAGUGGCUGAUAGAUGCUGGAGCGGAUAAACACAAACGCUGUCAUCAUGGUAUGACUCCGUUACAUCAUGCUUCUUGGGGGGGCCGUUCGAGGACUGUAGAUGUUUUGAUCAAGAACGGAGCAGACUUGAAAGCUGUGGACUUCCAUGGAAGAACGCCCUUGGAUUGUGCUUUGAAUCGGGAACGGGAUUUUGGCGAGGAGAAAAGGGGGAAUACAGCACAGUUAUUGAUAAAUGCUAUGGCUUAA